AAAGGGACCAAUAGAAAACCGUUCAUCACUCCCAAUUAUAUCAUUAUAAGUUUAUAACAUUGCGAUGAGUAUCUGUGCAUGUAUACCCCGCAGAUAAUUCAGACUCUGAUGACAAAGAGGAUUGCGCAACAUACCUAAAUCUAUAAGAGUUUUGUUAUUGGUUCACCAGCGUGAGGCAGACUGCAAAUUCAGGUGGAUUUUGAUAGAAUAAAAUGGAAUAUAAGUUUGAUGGUGCAUUCGCUGUACGAUUUGUGUCAGAUAUUCAAGAUCUAAUGCCUCGACUUACCAACGUAGUGCUGGCUACAGGAUUGGGUGCCUUUGCUGUUGCUGGUUUGGCCUUUCCAUUCAUGUUGGUGUCAUCAAGAAAAGAGCCUGUUAUUAAUUCUGCGAAGCCCUUGCCACCACAAGCAACCUUUCGGGGGCCAUACAUUAACACAGGAUCACGAGAUAUUGGUCCUGAUGUUCCUAAAACAUAGUUUCAUUUCAAGAUUGUACGCCCUUUGCUACUGGGUUCCUGAUAAUAUAUUGGAAUCAACUAGUAGUUUGUCUCAUGCAUAUAAUCAUAUUUUAGUGUAAACUCUCUAAUAUAUUGUUGUGGUUGAUUUUACUUACAACAGUACGUGUGCUUUUAGUUAUUAAAUCAGAAAAGCUUUGAUUGGUUCA